UUAUAAAUUAAAAGAAAGGGAAGUCCCGAGACAAAGGAGCACCGCCGCCUCUACCGCCGCGACGGUCCGGGCCGCGGUCGCCCAGGGACUUUGAAUAUGUCGGGGAUUGCCCUCAGCCGACUUGCCCAGGAAAGGAAAGCUUGGAGGAAGGACCACCCUUUUGGCUUUGUGGCUGUCCCAACAAAGAACCCUGAUGGCACGAUGAACCUGAUGAAUUGGGAGUGCGCUAUCCCUGGAAAGAAGGGGACUCCAUGGGAAGGAGGCUUGUUCAAACUGCGGAUGCUUUUCAAAGAUGACUAUCCGUCCUCACCACCAAAAUGUAAAUUUGAGCCACCACUGUUUCACCCAAACGUGUAUCCUUCUGGCACAGUGUGCCUGUCCAUCUUGGAGGAGGACAAGGACUGGAGGCCAGCUAUCACGAUCAAGCAGAUCUUAUUAGGAAUACAAGAACUUCUAAAUGAACCAAAUAUCCAAGACCCAGCUCAAGCAGAGGCCUACACAAUUUACUGCCAAAACAGAGUGGAAUAUGAGAAAAGGGUUCGAGCACAAGCGAAGAAGUUUGCCCCCUCAUAAGCAGCGGCCCUGUGGCUCCAUGACGAGGAAGGGAUUGGCUUGGCAAGAACUUGUUUACAACCUUUUGCAGAUCUAAGUCACUGCGUACAGUUACUAGUCGCCUGGGAGGGUUGAGCGGGCGCCAUUUUCCAUUUCCGCCACUGGCAUAUACGGUCUCAAUUCGCUGAAUUGCCCCAGUUUUUCAUACAGGGUCUCUUCCUUCAGUCUUUUGUAUUUUUGAUUGUUAUGUAAAACUUGCUUUUAUUUUAAUAUUGAUGUCAGUAUUUCAACUGCUGUAAAAUGAUAAACUUUUGUACUUGGUAA